CGUACCCCGCGGGGACCGACGGCGCGUGGGCAUCGUGGAAGCAAUCUGGCUUCAACUACACUCUUCUCCUUCCCAUAGAUCCAUUUUACCAAGUGCGCUGUGCAUUCCUACAAGGACUCGUCGACUGCCAAACACCGGAUUGUCUGCCAAAUCUCCAGGGCUGCCGAAACAACCAUCCGCACCAGCUGAAUGCGCAGCACGGUCACCUUCGCCAGACUCCUCCCCCGCAUCCUCACCACCACUGCGCUCUUGACCACGGCCACGCCGCACAGCCUCGCGCCACAACACUUCCUCAGCACAAAGCACAGCAUGACUCACUCCACGACGUCAUUCACCCUCGAGCAGAGGAAGAUCAGCGACAACUCCUUCGCUAUCCUCAAGGACCUCGUGCAAACAGAGCAGGCUCCGAGGUCGGCGGCACAUCAGGCAGCAGCUGCCGCAACCAAGGACGUCAAGCAGGCCAACGCCAAGGACGCUGUCGACGACGGCUAUCUGUUUCAGUUCUGGCGCGACUUGUUUAGCGCUGCUGAGCAGGCUCCCAGCAGCGACCACCCGGCGCUGGACAAACUGGUGUUGUUUGUAAGGGAGCUGUCGUUACAGGGUGAUGUCGAGAUCAAGGUCUGGGAAAAACGCAUCUGGAAAGACCUGCCCGUCCUAGGCGCCGCAUUGAGAGAAAAGCUGGACGGCCCCGCGCAGGCAAGGAAUCGUGACGAGCAAGAUGCCGUCAAUGCCGCAUGGGUCAAGUUCCAUGCCUUUGCUGCCAGGCUCAUGGCGGCUAACGUCAUCGACCUCACAACACAGGCUCUGUGGAUGCUGCGUGAUGGGCUUGAGGAGCAGCUGACAGCUGGGAGCAAGGAGGCCAACCGCGAGGUACUCACGGCGACGGUGUGGAUAGAGUACGCGGGGCCGCUGUUGUUUGAAAAGAUAUUGUGGAGUCCAAACCCAACUCUCGGCGAUGACGACAAGAGGCUGCUUCGUGCCGGUCCUUUGUACAAGGGCGGUCCUGGCCUGAGUUCAGAUCGGUGGUUGUUCUGGAAGACGCGGCUCGAUGAGGUCGCUGACAAGAAGGAGGUUACAGACGAGGCAAAGGACGCGGCUGUUCGGGUGGCGAGAUUAAUGGAAGUCUGGGCGGAGACUCGGAUGCAGAUACCGCAGUGAUAAAUCGUCAGCGAUCAAAGUCGCAGCAUAUCAAGGACUCUCUGCAAUUGGCUUAUAUCAUUGUUGUGGCUGGCAUUUCAACAAGGGAAAUGCUAAGGGCCGCCUGCUGGCGAUAUCUCUGGCUCUGUCACUCAACACAGUGUAGCCCCAGACGGUGAUGACGGUCGUUGAACCAAGUAUUUGAGCUCCCAGUUAUAAAUGCAUGGCCAGGACGUCUCAUCGCUUG